AUGCGCCGCAUCGAUGGCAAAGACAUGGAGCAAGAGGAGGAUGCGACGGGUCUCACUGUUGGAAAACAGAUUGAAAUGGAGGCCGAGAAUGCCAUCAAGUAUCGUACUUGCAGCUGGCCCAAAACUGCAGCGCUGCUGUUUUCUGAGUACAUUUGUCUGGCUAUCAUGUCAUUCCCUUACUCUUACUCGGUUCUUGGUCUUGUGCCUGGCUUGAUCUUGACUGUCGUGGUCGCUGGCUUAGUCUUGUACACAUCCUUAGUCGUCUGGGAGUUUUGUCUGCGCCAUCCCGAACUUCGUGAUGUCUGCGACGUUGGAGAGAUGCUGUUCUUUCAGCAACGCUCAGCUUGGUGGUUCACUGCAGUCAUGUUUAUCCUCAACAAUACCUUCAUCCAGGGCUUUCACUGCCUCGUUGGUGCCAAGUAUCUCAAUACUAUGACAAACCACAGCGUGUGCACCAUUGGAUUCUCCGCUAUUGUAGCUGUCAUCAGCUGGAUCUGCUCGCUACCACGGACAUUCUCCACGCUUGCGAAGGUUGCUACUUUCUCUGCCUUCUUCACGUUCAUUUCGGUACUGCUAGCUACCAUCUUCGCUGGUAUCGAGGACCAUCCAAAAGGCUACCCCAAAUUUGGCGAGCCUACGGUGCUGGCCGUCCCAGCCGCAGGAACCACAUUCGUCGCCGGAAUGAAUGCAUUCAUGAAUAUUAGCUACACCUUCAUUGGCCAGAUCACAAUUCCGAGUUUCAUUGCGGAGAUGAAGGAACCGAAAGAUUUUCCUAAGGCGUUGUGGGCUGUCACAAUCGCUGAGGUCAUUGUGUUUAGCUUGGUAGGAGCCAUCGUGUAUGCGUACACUGGCACGAACUACAAUACCGCCCCGGCUUUCGGUUCGCUUGGAAACGAGCUUUAUCUGAAGGUGUCCUUCUCCUUCAUGAUCCCGACUCUUAUCUUUUUAGGUGUCUUGUAUGCAUCUGUCUCGGCUCGCUUCAUUUUCUUCCGCUUCUUCAAGGGCACUCGGCAUAUGAGCGACCACACCUUUGCGGGCUGGGCUACCUGGGCUGGUAUCCUUGCUAUCCUCUGGAUCCUAGCCUUCAUCAUUGCCGAGGUGAUUCCAUUCUUUUCGGACUUGCUCUCGCUGAUGAGCUCUCUCUUCGACUCUUUCUUCGGCUUCAUCUUCUGGGGCGUGGCGUACCUGCGAAUGCGGUACGCAGACUACGGGCCCGGAUUCUACAAAUCGCGCGGUUUGAAGUCGUGGUUUGGAUUCAUCUUCAAUAUUAUCCUCUGUCUGAUCGGACUGCUCUUCUUGUCUGCCGGAACUUACGCUUCCGUUCAAUCCAUAGUCGAUGGCUACCACACGGCUGGGUUCGGUGGACCCUUCUCCUGUGAUACAAACGGAUUGUGA